AUGAUUAUAUUCUUGAUUAUAUAAAUAUCUAAAUAAUUGAUUGUAGAUGAAACAAAGAUAUAUAGAUACAGUCAUUAAUUACAAAUAUCAUUACCAACAGCAAUCGAUGCUUAGUUGAUACCAACAAAUGAAUAAUGUUAACUAUAUAAACCCAUUAUUCAUAAUAACCUUAGAUAAGCCAAAAUAAUUGAAGACAAUAUAAUCAAGUAAUUUCUUUUUAUAAUUGAAGCAUAGAUUUUAUGGAUGAGACACAAUUCUAUUUUCAUUAGUUCAUAGCUAUUAUUUAAAAAAAUGAGACUUAAUUUUGGAUAAUAAGCGAUAAUCUCAAACUAUAUUUAAUUGAUGCUUAAUUGUUCAAAACCAUUGAUAUUAUCAACUUGUCUGACUACUUAUCUCAAGAUUAUGAUGUAUCUUUUUUUAAAGACAAAUAUAACAACACAUUUAUUCAUCAAUAGGACUCUAUUUUGUUAGUUUAAAAUCAUUCCAUUAAGCCAUACUUUCUUAUUAAUAGAGGAUAGAGAUAUUAAACAAUUUAUCACUUUGAAAAUUACAUUAUAACUGCUGUUGGUUCAUAUGGUCUCGAUAUCUAUGAAAUAGUAUAUAACUAUCCUAAUCAAGAAAUUCAAAUAAAAUUUCAUUUCAAUUCAAUUAAUUUACACCUUCAUCCUAUAGCUAUCACUUAUGAUAAAAUUCAACCAAAAAGAUUGUUCAUUUUAGAUUAAAAGCAAGGAUUAAUUGUUGCAUAAUUGAAUGAAAAAGGUAUAAUUACUUUAGACUCUCAACAUCCUUUAGAUUUUGAAAAUCCAGAUAAAAUUUAAACAACAAAUAAAUUCAUUUAUAUUUCAUCUAGUCUUUAGUUGAAUAAAUAUGAUAUUUUAACAUAUAAAUUACUUAGCAUUUAAAAGUUGAAAAAUAUUUAGAAAUUAAAGACUAGUGAAAAUCAAGAGGAAAUAGUUGUUUUAGGAUUUAACAAACAUUACAUUUAAGAUAUGGAAUGGAAAUUUAUAGGAUUACAUGAUGUAAUCUUAAAUAACAACAAGAUUGUUGCAGUUACAGGUACUAAUUUUUACAUAGGUAAUAUUAUUAAGUUACCCUUUCGUAUCUUAUGCUCUCCUAUAUAAUUUAAUGACGAAAAAUAAUAUACUUUAUUUUAUAAUACUACAUUUGAAUAACAUGUUUAAUAACUCAUAAUUUAACAUGUAGAUAUUAAUUAAUAUAAUCCAAUCAUUUAGUUGCUGCUGAGUUUAUGUUUCGUUUUGAUUAUUCUUUUACUAUUUGGUAUUUAUGAUAUUUAUAAGUUAGUGUGUCUUUAUAUAAAUAAAUUGAGGUCUAUUCAUUUGCAACAUGAGAGAAUCAGAAAGAAGCUUGAAAACUAAUAGCAUACAAGAAUAACUAUGAAUAGUUAGAUUUAUUGA